AUGGGGAAGUCGCAGAAGAAACGGUCGAUGCGUCGACAUAAUCCCAUGCGGGUGCCAGAUUCGCAUCUUCCCAAAGGUCUUGAAUCAGCAGCCUCAUCCUCCCCAAAAAACGAAGCAGUAUUGCCUAUCAUCCAAAAGUUAGAGAAUCCAGAUGCUUCUGAACGCAAGUGGGCAUGCGUCGCGGUAUCCAAUCUCAUACAAAACGAUCCAUCUACGCGACGGUUAUUGCAAGGAAAAAAUGUAGUCGGAGCGCUCAUUACGCGCCUAUCUGAUAGCGAGGAGGAAGUCUGGAUCGAAGCCGCUGGGGCACUAAGAAAUCUAUGCAUUGAUGGAGGGUACGAUAUAUGCGCCGAAAUGUACAAUAAAAAUAUACUGGCUCCCCUUAAAGCAUUUGUGCCGAAGAUAUCAAGCGCACUCUCACAGUUCCUGGAGUCACCCAAAACUGCUCCAGAGAACGCGCAAAAAGUAGUGUAUGAAUUUACCGAGAAUGUGAAUACUAUACUCUGGUGUCUUUCGGAGACAUCCAACAAGGCUCUAAAUGCUAUCAACCAAAUCAACCUGGUUCCUUUUUUGAUGUCCUUCCUGGCCGCCCGAGCAAAAUUACCCGUAGCUACCGUUACUGCCGCAGCGCAAUGCCUGUACGUCCUAACGGAUGACAACCAGCCAGCAAUAGAUGAGCUUCGGUCAAAUGCGGCAUACAGCACGUGUUUACUCGAAAUCAUACACGAUGAAGGCGGUGUAACGGACAAGGACAAGGAAGUAUUUUGGGAUAGAAUGACCACAUUGAAAGUGUUGUCAAGCGGUAUCCUGAGCAACGUUUCACCUUUCCCUCCCCCUAGUGCCGCAUCGGGAGUCGAUGUUGGCAAGGAGAUUGUACUUCCACUGCUUCAGCCAGUGGCGACUUCUGUGUCUCUUACUGAGUCAUCAGCGCUGGCUGAGAGCCUAGUGGUAAAAUUAGCGCUGGAACCUCCUCAAAUAGAAAACCUAUCUCUAAAAAGUGCUCCAAAGUCAGAUCAUAGGUCUGAUACCGAGGUCGAACUCGACCGUUUGGAGAACAGAUUGCGCACUGUCCAGCUUGCCCUGGAAAUUUUAACCGGCGUGUGUGCAACAUUACCUGACCCUGACCCCAUCUCCGAGGUGCAGGAAGGUGAACCUGAUGCAGAAGAUGAAGGUAAGAUUUUUUUACAUAAAUACAGGUGCUUGUUUGACACUCAGAUAGACAAUGAUGCUGAGAUAGAAGAGGAUGUGACCGAUGGCAUGGCCCUCGACGAUAUACCAAUCGCCAACGGCACAACAACCGCAAGUCAUCUGCCUGCGCUCGUAGAACCUCUCAUUACCCUUAUCCAACCCGUCAGAUUGUCUUUCCCUCCUACAGCCGGGCAAUCAUCACACCCACCAACAACAUCUGUACUGAGUGCAAUUCAUGUUAGCGCCCUCGAGUGUUUGAAUAACAUAUUUCUCUCGUUGAGUGCGUCCCCAAACUCUGGAUUAGCUGCGGCAUCCGCGAGUGGAAAACAGUUAUGGGACAGCGUGUGGGCAGCACUUGGGAGUGUAGGCACGGAAAUCACACGUGGCCAAGAGCGUAAACAGGAAAUGUGGGAGAUUGGAGUGGGUGUGCUCUGGGGCAUCGGUAAUAUCUGGAAGGGUAGUUUGGUGCCCAACGAAGAUCAAGUCCAGCUAUUGAUUCAGCUCUGCAACUCGAGCACUGAUCCUGCUAUUCGCGUGAAAUGUAUCGGCACGCUCGAGUGCCUGGCGCAGCAUCCACAAUCUAUUGAUGCCAAUCGCGUCAUUGCAGUGCACCUGCUUUCCAUCCUCCCAACGUCUACAGCGCCUUCGAUCUAUGGCACCGAGCCACUGAUCCAAACACUGUCGGCUCUCAUCGACAUCUAUUCCGACGAGAGUCUCCCAUACGAUGUCAAUUUUCGGCAAGGCGACUUCGUGCAGCGUCUUGUAGAUAGCGUUGAAGGGGUGCGUAAAGCCGUGCGGGCAAUCGACAGGCGGAAGGAGCGAGAUUUGAAACGGAGAGGGGAGGAGAUGCGAGACAAUUUGAUUGCCUUCAUCAAGUACCGAAGGGCCCUGAGAUUUUGA